UAACUCCAUAAAAAAAGGCAUUUCGACCAUCUAAUUAAUAAAUUGGAAUCUAAUUAGGAAUUUAAUAAAAGAUCGUAGGAUUAUUCCAUAGGAUUAAUCUUAUUGGAAUUUUGUUGCCUUUGCGCGGUUUUUAAAGUGUCAUAUUUGAUUUGUGUCAUCCACAGUGGUGUCAGUCAUUUUGUGAUGGCGGAGCUUGGGGCUACGCUACGCUAUUUUAGUGAAUUUCACAAAACACGAUUUAAUUCAAUGUUUUGCUAUCAACUUUUUGGUUUAGUUACUUUACGCAGUUUUUGCAAAGUUUAAUUUUACAUGAAAUAUGAUGGAUUUCAAUCGCCAUGAGUUUCUUUUAGAUCAAAUGUUUCUUGGCGCUAACAUGUAUGUGAAUUUCUUAAUGAAAAUAUUGUGCAUAUUAGAUCCUUAUUAGACAAUGAAUUUAAAUUUCUUUUGAUGGUAAAUUAUCUUAGUAAUAAGUUGGAAGUGGAAUUUUAAUAAGUUGUUUACAAGUGACAAAGCGCCAAUAUGAAUGAUGUUCGUGAUAAAGUGGUGGCCGGUUCUUCAAGUUGGGAGACCUCGACUACUCAUAGUGAUUCUUCGCCUGAAAUCCAGUCUUCGCCCGGAGGAAGCGCUGACACGCCGCAGACACCAGGCGCGCCAGCUCCGUUGGCCCCACAUCUUGCUGCUGACUUACAUCCAGAUUUGUUACAACAAGGAUGGAGAAAGUAUUGGUCAAAACGUGAAAACAGGCCAUACUUUUGGAAUAAACUUUCGGGUGAAUCUAUGUGGGAAUUACCUGCAGUAAAGAGAGAUUUUGAUCCAAUAACAGAUCCUCUUGGAAUAUGCCACACUGGCCCACCGGCUGCUGGCAGCAUGACGCCGAGCGCCAGCAAGCGGCGUCCUUCUGAGGACAAUGGACCCCCGCCCAAGAAAUUUGUCUUGGCUGGGCCCUGGGAUAUUGAAGUCGCUACUAAUGUUGUUAUUUAUGAACGUCCUCCUACUAUCUGUCCACAUCCUCAUCCAGAAAUAGAGGGUUUUAGAUUUACCUUAGCUAAUAAGUUAAGGCAGUGUUAUCAAGAGCUUUGUCAUACCAGAGAGAGCAUAGAUGCCCCAAAAGAUUCAUUCAAUCGAUGGUUAAUGGAAAGGAAAGUAAAUGACCAAGGUGGUUCGGAUCCUCUGCUACCUAGUCACUGCUUUCCAGAAAUUUCCCGAUCAAUGUAUGAGGAAAUCAUGAAUGAUAUUCCAAUCAAGUUGACUCAUCCAAAGUUCACAGGCGAUGCUCGAAAGCAGUUGUCUCGAUAUGCAGAAGCAGCAAAAAAAAUGAUUGAAUCUAGGAAUGCCUCACCAGAGAGUCGCAAAGUUGUUAAAUGGAAUGCUGAAGAUACAUUCCAAUGGUUAAGGCGCACAGUUGGGGCUACAUAUGAUGAUUUUCAAGACAGAUUAGCACAUUUGCGUAGGCAGUGCCAGCCGCAUUUAGCCGAGACAGUAAAGGCUUCCGUAGAAGGAAUUUGUUUAAAGAUCUACCACUUAUCAGCUGAAUAUGCACGAAAAAUUCGAGAGAAACAUAGUGCUUUGCUGAAGGAAAAUGGAAUACAGGAACUGCCUGCCCCGCUGCAACAGGCGGCGCUGCGCAAGGUGUGGUGCUACCCCGUCCAGUUCGCGGUGCCGGCGCCGCGCCCACCGCUCGUCGAGCACUUCCUCGACCGCGACCAAGCCUUGCUGCGGUACUUGGGAGAGACCCAGGUCCUCAAUGCUACAUACCUUCAGAAAUUGGAGUGCCUAUACAGGUACAGCUGCUUCGACGACAAGAAGUUCGAGCAGUUUCUCUCGCGCGUUUGGUGCCUGCUGCGGCGCUACGCGGCGUGGGUGGGCGCGGGCGGCGAGGCGCAGCUGACGCAGAUGGCGCUGCCGGUGCCGGUGCUGGAGUGCCUGCACCGCUGCUUCGGAGUCACGUUCGAGUGCUUCGCGAGUCCGCUCGACUGUUACUUCAGGCAGUACUGCUCUGCGUUCGCCGAUACCGACUCGUAUUUUGGGUCGCGCGGCCCCUUUUUGGAGCUACGCCCGGUAUCAGGCUCGAUGGUGGCGCACCCGCCGUACUGCGAGGAGCUGUUAGAGGCGGCAUUGCGCCACAUGGAGCGCUUGCUGCAAGACUCCGCCGAACCCCUCAGCUUCGUGGUAGUCCUGCCGGAGUGGCCGGACAGACAAACCCAUGCGCUGUACAAGCUGCAAGCCAGUCACUUUAAGAGAAAACAGGUGGUGAUUCCAGCUUUUGAACAUGAAUAUCGUCAUGGCUUCCAACACGUACUACCCAAAAACGAGGUGUACUUCCGAUGGGGCGGCGGCACCGUGGUGGUGUGGCUGCAGAACGCGGCGGGCUUCGCGCGCUGGGGGCCCACGGAGGAGCGCGUGGAGGCGCUGCUGGACGCCUGGCGCCCGCGCGCCAAGGGCCGCUCGCCCGAGCCCGCGCCCGCGCCCGCGCCCGACGCGCCCGCGCCGCCGCCGCAGCCGCCGCACCCGCCCGACAAGCGCUGA